AUGUUUGCCCACGCCAAAGCUGUUCGUGCCCUUGUUGCCAGGGGAAAGAAUGCCACUGACCAAUGUCUUUCUUCGUCUCAUUCGGGACCCCCCACUUCUGACCACUUGACGCCGAUGAUCUUUAACCGGGGAACAACCCAGCCCGUUCGUGAUGCUCUCUUGGCGGAUACCCGCCACUAUGAUCAGUUUAUGAUCAUUGUUGACAACAAGCCGGUCUUGUUUGCCAACCCGCAGCCCUUUGUCGACCCGGCUGGUCACACCUGGCUCAUUGGUAAUCUCUCUGACAAGAUUGGUGAGGUCGUCCCUGCCAAGAUUCCCUUUCGCUGGGCUCGUUCCCACUUCACGGCCCUGGCUCCUGGUUCCGUCAUUGAGAAGUUCAAGUUGACAACGUCUGAACAACAUCCCGAUGAUAUCUCUGGUCCUGCUCCGGCCGGUGGUACCCACGAAGAUGCUGAAUCCCCAUCUACGGCUCGUAUUACUCUCGAGCCACUGAUUGUGGCGGGUUCUGAACCAGGUUUCUGUUGCCUCCCUUGCAUGUACCCCUGGCCCAAAGGCUUUCCCUUCCCCAAGACCACCGAUUUAAGUGACCCCACCCAAUUGGUUGACGAGUUCACACGUGAAGACCUCCUCCAGGUUUGGCUCCAAGGUGCCCGUUACUCGAUCCUCAAGAAUGAUGGUUGGUCCGUCACCCAAGGAGGCAAGAUGUUCAUGUUAGCUGAACUCGAUUGGGAGCCCUUCGCUCUUAAUCACACCAUUGCUGACCACGUCAAUGCCCCUCUCCAGUUGAUCUCCCCGUCGGCCCCAGAAUUUGCUUUAGUUACGUCGUCUGCCAGGGACCAACACGACAUGGCUUGGUGCUCUAUUGGCCAGCGCAUUCAAACGGCCGAAGAAGAACGUCGUGAUUACGCACUUGAGGUUGCAGCAAUUGAAGCCGACCGUCGUGACACUGCCCGUCGUGAAUCGGGCCGCUAUGACUCUGACCAUCAUGACUCCGACCGUCGUCCUGAAGGCACUCCUCCGCUUCGCGCGGAUGAUCUCUUGACCCAGUUCGGCAAGCUCACGGAAACGUUGACCAAGUCCGUCUCCCGUCCAUCCAAGAAAGAUGAAGAACACGAAGAAUAUCAUCAUGGGGGUUGA